CAGCGUGAAUGUAUUUCAAUGCACGUGGGCCAGGCUGGCGUGCAGAUGGGCAACGCGUGUUGGGAACUGUACUGCCUGGAGCAUGGAAUACAACCGGAUGGGACGAUGCCAUCGGACAAGGUGUCCGGAACCAACGAUUGUUUCAACACGUUCUUCAAUGAAACGAGCUCCGGCAAAAUGGUGCCGCGCGCGGUAAUGGUCGACCUCGAGCCCACGGUCGUCGACGAGGUACGGAUAGGUCCCUACAAGCAAUUGUAUCACCCGGAACAAUUGAUCACCGGAAAAGAAGACGCCGCCAAUAAUUACGCCCGCGGCCAUUAUUCCAUCGGCAGGGAAGUGAUCGAUUCUGUGAUGGACAGAGUACGAAGGCUAACAGACCAGUGUACCGGUCUUCAGGGAUUCUUCGUCUUUCAUUCGUUCGGUGGCGGUACCGGGUCAGGAUUCACUUCGUUGCUGAUGCAAAAAUUAUCUGACGACUACGGGAAGAAAAGCAAAUUAGAGUUCGCGGUAUAUCCGGCGCCACAAGUGUCCACCGCGGUUGUGGAACCAUACAACGCAAUAUUGACGACGCACACCACAAUCGGGCAUUCGGAUUGCGCGUUUAUGGUCGACAAUGAGGCAAUCUACGAUAUUUGCCGACGUAAACUCGGCAUCGAGAGGCCUUCGUACGCGAACCUCAAUCGUCUUAUCAGUCAAGUGGUGUCGUCGAUAACAGCCUCGUUGAGAUUCGACGGGGCCUUGAACGUGGACCUGACCGAAUUUCAAACGAAUCUGGUGCCGUACCCGCGAAUCCAUUUCCCGCUGGCUACGUACGCCCCUGUGGUGUCGGCCGACAAGGCUUUCCACGAGGGUAUGUCGGUCGCUGAAAUCACAUCCGAAUGCUUCGAAGCGUCGAAUCAAAUGGUGAAAUGCGAUCCACGGGAAGGAAAGUAUAUGGCCUGUUGUCUUUUGUAUCGUGGCGACGUCGUGCCGAAAGACGUGAAUGCUGCGAUCGCCGCGAUGAAGGGCAAAAGUUGCAUACGUUUCGUCGACUGGUGCCCGACCGGCUUCAAAGUCGGCAUAAAUUAUCGCCCGCCUACCGUCGUUCCCGGCGGUGACCUCGCAAAGGUGCAACGAGCGGUCUCGAUGCUGUCGAACACCACUGCCAUUGAAGAGGCAUGGGCCAAGUUGAAUUACAAGUUCGAUCUCAUGUACCACAAACGGGCGUUUGUUCAUUGGUACGUCGGCGAAGGUAUGGAAGAGGGCGAGUUUGCGGAAGCUCGCGAUGAUCUUGCCGCACUCGAACGGGAUUACGAGGAAGUGGCUCUCGAAUCAUCAACCACCCCGGAUGCUUCAUUAGAGUAUUAA